UUGUUGUUCACCGGUAAGCAGCACCCAGCACACGCGGACUAGUUUUCUCACCCAACACAGACAUCUCUUCAGAAAUGGCAACCAAACCAGUGUGUAUCGAAGACUUUAAGAAAAUCGCCGAGGCAAAGCUGUCAACGUAUGUCCGUGAAUAUUACAACAGUGGAGCGAAUUAUGAAGACUCCUACAGAGAUAACACGGCUGCAUUCGGGAGGUACAAGAUUCGACCAAAGUAUAUGCGAGACGUGUCCAAUCGGUCAAUGGCGACCACCAUUCUGGGCCACAGAGUAGACUGUCCCAUCGGCGUGUCCUCGGUUGCAAUGUGUCGUCUGGCCCACCCGGAUGGAGAGGUGGCUGUUGCCCGCGCUUGUGCCCGGCUAGGCCGAUGUUUCACACUCUCCACAUCUGCCACUACCAGCCUGGAGGAGAUUGGGGAGAAGGUUCCAGACUGUCUGCGAUGGUUCCAGAUCCACAUCCUCACAGACCGAAAUAUGCUGACUCAGCUUGUGCGGAAAGCAGAACGUUCUGGCUACACGGCCCUAGCGCUAACUGUUGACUGCCACGUGCAUGGACGCCGCCAUGCCGAGAUGAGGAACCACUUCACGUUGCCAGCUCCUUACAAGCUGGGUGUGUUAGAGGGAUUGAAGUCGCGUGACGGAAUGACUGAUGAGGAGAGGGAGGGAGGUUGGAGCAAGUUCGUCAACAACCUCUUCUCCUCCUCCGCAACAUGGGAGGACCUGCGAUGGCUGAAGACAAUCACCAGACUCCCGGUGGUGGCCAAGGGUAUUGUAACAGGUGAGGGCGCCCGGGAAGCUAUUGAGGCCGGUGCCGAUGCUGUGUGGGUGUCUAACCACGGGGGUCGGGAGCUGGACUGUGUCCCCGCCACGAUGGACGCCUUGCGAGAGGUAGUGGAGGCUGUUGGUGACAGGUGCGAGGUGUACCUGGACGGGGGAGUCAGGAGUGGGCUGGACGCUCUCAAAGCCAUCGCCAUGGGGGCACGGGCCGUCUUCGUGGGGAGGCCGAUCCUCUGGGGUCUAGCUCAUGCGGGAGAAGAAGGAGCAGAGAAGGUGCUGCAGAUCCUGGGCGAUGAGCUCAACACGGGCAUGGCUCUAGCAGGGGCCUCUAAGGUAAGCGAGAUCUCUCGAGACAUGGUGGUUCACAAAUCCUACUACAGCUCCAAGCUCUGAGUGAUGACAUAUGGCAUACUACACCCUUUAGUUUGUGACAGGGAUGUGCGGGAAGAACAUCAUCACCCACACCACUGGCUUGUUUCUGACGAUUCCUCUUCCACAGAAGCGUGUUAAACUCUUACAGAUCUUACUGAUUUUAGUGACGGGUUUUGUUUAUUUGUGUAAAUAUGUUGAGCAAAGUGAUAUCAAAACGGCUGCAGCUUGAGUGUUCCACGGAUGAUGAUUCCGUGUUGCAGUUAGUCCUUUCACGGCAUAGACCGUGGCUCACAAAAAUCAGUGGAUUGUCAGGUCUGGACACGAUGACUUGUAGACGACAAUAGGCGUAACAAACCUUUGAGUCACAAAAUUAUGUAUUCCAUGUGUUAUAGUUUUUGCAUCUACAUUGAGUUUGUAGGUGGACUACAUGAAUGGCUGUAGGCGCUGUUCGCCUUUCUCACAUGAAGAUCUCUUCCGGUUGUAUAUUCAAGUAAAUCGCGAUGAUAUAAGUAGUAUUACGGGUUUGAUAAAUGUUCAUGAUUGACUGUGAAGAAUAUACAUUGUAACUGUGUUCGAAAUAAAGAAACGCUGAAUGGGU